AUGGUGGCAUCAGAAUAUGAGAGGUGUAUUCCCUUUCAAGAUAGACUGAGGGAUAAUCUGAGGGUUUUGAUUGCUCCACAGAGCAAGCGUGAGUUUUUUAUUCUGGUUGAGAGGGCAAAGAUCGGCGAAGUUGUUAAGCGUGCAGAGCGCCAGAAUAGGGAUCAAGAGAGAGGUAAGAACAAGAGGGAGUCGAAGCCCAGUUCUGGUCUUAGGCCUAGGAAAAAGGCCAGGUCUGAUGGGCCAAUUAGAGUGGGAGCCCCUAUAGUUCCUACUAGGUUACAGCCAUGCAGUGAUUAUAGGAGACGCCAUCUGGGGUGUAAGGCGUACUUGGCCUAUGUAAGUGUUUCUGAUUCUGGGGACUCCUCUGUUGGGAACAUUAGAAUAGUAAAGGACUUUCCAGACGUCUUUCCUGAGGAGUUACUGACUGCAUUUAGGACUUGUUAUGGACAUUACGAGUUCCUAGUGAUGCCUUUCAAUUUGAUGAAUGCACUAGCUGCAUUCAUGGAUCUAAUGAACCGAGUAUUUCAGCUCUAUCUGGACCAUUUCAUAGUGGUCUUCAUCAACGAAAUUCUGCUACGUGAAGUAACGGUUUUAGGGCACGUGGUUUCUGGAAAGGGGAUUCAAGUUGAUCCUCGAAAGAUCGAGGUUGUGCUGGAUUGGAAACAGCCUAAGAAUGUAUCUGAGAUCCGUAGCUUUCUGGGUUUGGCGGGAUACUAUCAGCAUUUCGUUGAGGGGUUCUAUUUGAUUGUUGCACCGUUAACUAAGCUUCUGCGUAAGGGUGUAUCAUUUGUCUAG